UCCACGGAGUCGGCUCAAAACGGGCGCCAUCGUCCCAACGGGAGGCUCGUUUUGAAUCCACUCAUCGCGAGCCCAAUCCCGCUCCUCCUCCUCCUCCUCCUCCUCCCCCUCUCGUUUUUCCCUUCGGACGAGAAAUAAAGAAGAAAGAUGGUCUCUACCAAGGGUAAAGCAGCCAUGGCCACUCGAACUCUAAUCCUUGAAGAUCCCAAGCCCUCCAAGAACAAAAUGGCGAAAGAUUUCAAGAUAUACUCUGGAAAGGAAAGGACCAAGGCUGAGUCCCGUGAAUCAGGUUUUGAAUCAUCGAGGAAGGGUUCAAGAAAGGUCUCGAUGGCCGCCUCUCGGAAAUCGGUGCCUGGGACUAAUGCAUGUGAAAAGCCUGCUGUGCAAACUGGUCUGAAUGGUGGCAAGAGAACUGUGCACGGUAUAGAAAACCUACUCGGAAAAUGUGAUAAUGCUGUCAAAGUAAGGACUGGAAGGCAAGCUUUGGCUGAUGUCAGCAACGUGAACAAUGAGAGAAGCUAUCAAUUGAGAAAUCGCCUCAGCAGUAACCCUCAAAUAACGAAGAAAUUAGAGGGAAGUAAUGCAUCACAAGGCAAAACUAAUGUUAGAAAAUGUUCUUAUGGGCCAAGGAUGUCUUUGACUAAGAGUGUCAUGAUAGCAAAUGCAUCAUCGAGAAAGCCUAGCAGAGAAUCUGCGAACACAGAUACUAGGGGAAAACUCAAUAUCUCAGGUGAGCCAUGGUGCACAGUUGGAAGUACAAGGAAGAAGAUGCUCUCUGAAAUCAACAUUUGCAGAAACCAUCAAAGAAACCAUUCAAAUGAUGGAUCCCAAGUAAUGAAUGAGGGUGUAAAGCUUCGUCAGCCACGGCUUUCCUUAGCGACUCAGAAGGUCAAGGACAGAAAUACCUUGUCAAGAAAGCCUUUAGCGACAAACUCUAAAGGUAAAGCAACUUCAGUGGUCAAGCAUGCAAUCGUUAUAGAGAAAUCCACUAUUAGUAACCCAUCUGAGAAAAAAGAAGUUGAAAUGCCUACCAGAUCCAAUUUUGAUGAUAAUGCAUCAGUUAUUCCACAACGAUGUGGUCAAGAAAAAGUUCAAGAUGAUUGUGGGUGCUACUCUCAUGAAAAUGUGAUGGCAACUAUAUCUAGACCCAAGCGUACUCGUCGGAAAUCUUAUACAUCGUCACUAGUGGCAAGAUCUGAGAUUAUGGGAAAGUCUGCCAGCUUAGUCAACAGGCAUGAGCUUCUGAAUAUUGACAACAGCAGUAACCCCCUUGAAGUUGUGGAAUAUGUUGAUGACAUCUAUCAGUAUUAUUGGUCUUUGGAGGUACAGAGUCCAUCACUAGCAAAUUACAUGAUUAUUCAAUCAGAUAUUGCACCUAGAAUGCGGGGGAUACUCAUUAACUGGUUAAUUGAAGUACACCUUAAAUUUGACUUGAUGCAAGAGACCCUCUUUCUAAUGGUAGGGUUGCUUGAUAGAGUGCUUUCUGUCCUUACUGUAAAAAGGAAUGAAUUACAGAUGGUUGGUUUGACUUGCCUUUUGCUGGCAUCCAAGUAUGAGGAUUUUUGGCAUCCGAAGAUUGGUGAUUUGAUCAGCAUAUCAGCAAACUUGUACACCAGAGAUCAAAUGCUUGCUAUGGAAAGACUUAUCGUUACAAAAUUGAAAUUUCGAUUAAAUAUACCCACCCCAUACGUCUUUAUGUUAAGGUUUCUCAAAGCUGCUCAGUCAGAGAAAAAGCUUGAACACCUGGCUUUCUAUCUCAUUGAAUUGUGUAUGGUGGAAUAUGAAGCUCUAAAGUUCAAACCUUCGCUGCUCUGUGCGUCAGCGAUCUAUGUUGCACGAUGUACGCUGCAAAUAACCCCAUUCUGGAAUGGAUUACUGAGGAAGCAUGCUCAAUAUGAAGAGUCACAACUCAGGGACUGUGCAAGUAUGAUCCUUGGAUUUCAGAGAACUGCUGCCCAAAAGCCAACAAAAAUUACCUACGAAAAAUUCCUGGGAUCUGAUCACAACAGUGUUGCUGCAAUUGAAGCCAUGGAUAAGCUUCCUUUAUAAUUUGAGUUGUAAUAUGUAAAUUUGUAGCUUUACUAAAGAAAUUGUCUUAUGAAAGACAAGCUUAAUUUUCAUUGUCUGCCCUUGUGUGUUUAUUUGGGGCUAAGACAUCUUUUUGUAGAUGCUCAUGCUUGCUUUUGGCAUCAAAAUUUCAAAGAUUGUCUCCAUUGCAAAUGCCAUCAUAUAUGACAGUCAGGUUUGGC